UCGCGUCUCUGUAGACUCCCGUCAGUCAGAAGCAGCCUGCGUCAACGCACCUGUCCCCCCGCAGCAGCAGCAGCAGCACCCUCGACGUCUCCGGCCGGUGCGUUUUUUUCCCCCCAAAACAUCGGCGUGGACAGAGUCAGACGUCUAGCCCUGCGCGUGAGUCAGCGCCUGAGCAAAUGUUUUGGACAAGAGGCGCUUAAAGGCAGUGACACAUUUCUUUUUCUGUGUGGGGUGGGGGGUUGGGGUUGGGGGUGGGGGGGGGGGAUAUUUAAUCAGCGCAGUGCUUUUUUGCGCGAGCGGCGCGAGCGCACGACGCACACCGGGACGAGGCUCGACCGUCGGUGCAGCCGGGGGAUUGGACGCCGACGUGCUAAAUGCCCAGCCGGUCGCUUGCGGCUCUUCAGGCUGGGCGGCGACAUGAGGUCCUGGGUCCCGCUGCUGCUGCUGCUGGCCGCGCUCUCGGCGGCACGUCUGCGGCUCGGCAGCGCUGAGGGCGAUCCUCUCCCUCCGUCGCUGGUCGACCUGGUGAGGAACUCGCCCAUCUCCUCCGUGGACGACCUGAAGCUGCUGCUGCAGCAGGAGACCAACGCAAUAGAAGAGGAGGAGGACGAGCACGACCUUCCCACCAACCACACCCAUGGCAGAUACCCUCGAAGUCUCGUGGAGGCGCAGCAGGCGCAGCAGGCGGUGUGCAAAGUUCGCACGGAGGUGAUGGAGGUGACCCGCUCCAUGCUGGACCGCCGCAACGCCAACUUCAUGCUGUGGCCGCCGUGCGUGGAGGUGCAGCGGUGCUCGGGCUGCUGCAACACCAGGCACCUGCAGUGCGUCCCCGUCGUCACGUCCAGCAGAUACCUGCAGGUGAUAAAGAUCCAGUACAUUAACAGGAAGGCCCACUACGACAAAGCCAUAAUCUCGGUGGAGGAUCACGUGAGCUGCAGGUGCCAGCCUGCCACAUCUUCCUCGUCCUCCUCAUCUUCUUCUUCCUCCUCGUCCCUUCCUAUCAUUCACUCCUCCGUCCAGAGCAACCCCGGCCCCCCGCAACCGCCGCCGCAGCAGCCUCCCCCGUCCUCCCACCUUCCCCGGUCGGUUCACCCCGCUCCGCCCAAGACUCACGCCUCCAAGGCCGACCUCCACCGCCACGACGACCUGAAGCACAACCAGCAGCGCUACCACGCGGAGGAGCGUGAGCCGGUGGCGAGGCAGUGGCAGCAGGGCAGCUACACCCAGCUGGUGCACUGGACGCAGCCCAGGGCGCACGGCCAGGCGCCGCCCGCGCACGUGCAGCCGGCGGCGCGCCAGCCGAUCGCCGGGGUGCUCGGGUCUGUCGGCGGCUGGCCGUCGGAGGCGAGGGCGGAGCACAGUGUCAUGGGGAGCGCGCAGCCGGUCGCGCUCGGCAGCGGGUACGACGGGAGCAGGGAGGAAGGCAGUGUGCACGUGGCGAACGGCGGCGGCGGCGAAGGGCAUCAUCCCGAUCACGUCCAGAGGCAGCAGCAGGUGCUAGAGCACCAGCAGAGGCAGCAUCAGCAGCAACACCCGUAUCAUCACCAGCCGCAUUAUCCGCAGCAGUACAGCCACGGAGGAGCGGAGGACCCAGAGCUGAGGACGCAGUAUCGACUCAACGCUCCCCAGUCGGACAGCGCCUCCCCGCCCGGCGGCCCGGCCCAGCCGCCCGAGUCGGAACAAAGCCCCACCCGCCCUCCGACCGCCAAUCAGAAAGACUCAGUGACCAGCCCGAAAGACACGCGCGAGGUCACGACCCACAAACGGACGGAGACUGAGACGGUCAGUCAGAAAGAAGGGGGCGAGAGGGAGGAGAGUGGGUCGGCCAACAGCGGGGACUCGGCCAAUCGGGGGGCGGAGACGGCCUCUAGGCCGACCGGAGAGGACGGUCACUUGACAGAGGAGGAGAGGAGACUCAAACUUCUGGAGAUGGUACAGAGUGCACCGGAUAAACAGACUCACCUUCAUCCGCAUCAUCCGCAGCAAACCCCAAAGCCGACAACAGUUAAAACAGCCGCCUCCACUGUGGCUCCGGCGUCGCCGCCCUCCGCGCGCCAGGCGCCGUUCCGUCCGGCCGCGCCUCGCCGCAGGAGGAAACACCGCAAACGCAUCAGCAAGGCCGCCAUCAGAGCCAUGAUCAUGUAGCGCUGCAGGUAAAUGGUGAAGCAUAAUGAGCAGAAGCUUGUGGCCGGACACGUUGCUCCGAAAAGGCGGACGGAGAGAGAGAGAGAGAGAGAGAGAGAGAGACGAAGGAUGUGUGAGUCUCCUAUGGCGGGACGGUUUGACGUCGAGGAGCCAACAGAACUGCUGCUGUCUUUUCGACGGGACGGCUUCCAAAGGGGGGAGUUUACCUUGUCCUGCUCCAGAGCUGCCGCAGUGCGUCCAGCUUCAUGGAUUUGAGAGAGACAGAGAGAGAGAGAGAAAAUAGAAAAGGUGCAAUCUUACAAACUCCUUGGGCCGGAAGUUGUUUGUGACACUAAACACUGGAUUUUAAAUUGUGCGAAGUCCCCGUCAACGCGGGUCGACGCGGGAAGCUCAUCAGGCGGCCCGGGGCUGCGUCGCACCGGUGGUGCGUCCGUCCAGGUCGGCGGCAGCCAUUGAUUGGCUGCUGUACUCUGACGUCCAGCUCGACGACCGGACUGUGACUCGGGGACCGAGGAGUGAACAUUCUCCUUUUCCGCGGAGCUGUCGAGCUGAAACUGGAGAUGUGGAGAACUGGAUUUCUACACCGGGAUGAUAACUGGAAACGAGGGAGGGAGGGAGGGAGAGAGAGAGAGAGAGAGAGAGAGAGAGAGCAGCUCAGGCCUUUAAUGCCAAACGUUACUGUUAUCUUACGAUGUCUGAAUCUAACUGUAUCUAACACUGGAGUAGCCACACACUGAUCAUACCACACCGACUUGUAGAGAAGCGCUCCGCCGUGUACUGUAGCUUCGUGUACUGGAAAAAAAAUAAAAUACAGAUAACCCGCUCAUUUUGUACUACUGCCAGAUCCACGUGGAAUAAGAAACAAACUGCCUGCCUAGAUAACGUGCUAUGAAUCUCCACAUUAAUUUAAGUCUUACAAAGACCUGGCUGUUAGAGAUCGCUGUGAGCCAGUUAUAGCCAACACUGUAUGUAGAAAAAUGCUUUUAGAAAAGGAUAUGGGGG